AUGUCUUCAAUAUCCGGAUACCAGGGCUCUCUCUCCGAGAUUCGGAAGAAGCAGUCAAAACGCGACGAGGCUAUCAGGAAGAAGAUAGAGUCGGAACUCUCCAGGAAACGAACCAUCUCGACUACGAACUAUAACGGUUCGCGUGGCAAGCGGGGGAGUAAAAGUGCACCGGCGAAGGGCACUGUUGCGGCACUAAAGCCCACCCCGGCGUUGACUGUCCCCGAGAAUAUCACGGUUGCUGAAGCCAGUCAGCUAUGUGCGGCCAAACGCACAGAUUGUGUACUCGUCGUGGACGACGAAGAAGGGCUCAGUGGCAUCUUCACCGCGAAGGACUUGGCCUACCGGGUGACCGCGGAUGGUCUCGAACCCCAUACCACUCAAGUCCAUCAAAUUAUGACCAGAAAUCCCAUGGUCACCCGUGAUACCACAAGUGCUACUGAGGCCCUGCAAUUGAUGGUCUCGAAGCAUUUCAGGCAUUUGCCUGUAUGUAACGAAGAGGGCAACGUAGUUGGCCUCCUGGAUAUUACCAAGGUCUUCCAUGAAGCCCUUGCGAAAGUUGAACGCAGUUCUGCUGCCUCUGAACAAUUGUUCAGCGCGAUGGCUGGCGUACAGUCAGAGCUUGGAGGCGGGAUUUCUGCGAAUCCACAAGCCGCUGCCAUGUUGGCGUGGGCCGAAAGUCUGAAAGAGAAGACUGCACUUCCAGAUUUGACCACCGUCAUGGACUCCCGCACACACCCAGCUACCGUCGGACCGAAGGCCACUGUUCGUGAGGUUGCGAAGCUCAUGAAGGAGAGACGUACUACGGCUGUCUGCGUCAUGGAAGCCCCCGUUUCGUCCAUGGAACCUGCUAAGAUUGCCGGCAUCUUCACUAGCAAGGAUGUCGUUCUACGAGUCAUCGCUGCUGGUCUGGACGCUGGCAGAUGUAGCGUUGUUCGCGUAAUGACGCCUCACCCAGACACUGCUCCGCCCACGAUGACGGUGCACGAUGCACUGAAGAAGAUGCACACUGGGCAUUAUCUCAAUCUUCCUGUGGUCGAGGAAGAUGGUCGACUCGUCGCUAUUGUUGACGUGCUGAAGCUCACGUAUGCCACACUUGAGCAAAUGAAUUCUAUGGCUACUGAAGAGCCCACAGAAGCCGAGGGAGGUCCAAUGUGGGGACGGUUCUUCGACUCCAUUGGCCAUGACGACGGCGAUUCCGCCGUAUCUGGCUCAGCUCAUACACCGCACACUCCAGACCUCCGUCACAUGAAGUCGCUCUCGUCUAUGCACCACCUCUCCCACCUUCAGCAAUCACCAAUGUCUGAAGUUCACCCCAACGACUCUGCGUCAGUGGUUGACGAUGAGCCAACUUCCGUUUUGGACAGCUUCACUCGCCAAAAGGGCUUGGUCAUUCCCCCUACGACUGAGGCGCUCCCUGUCGAUGAUGGCACCUACGUCUUCAAAUUCCGCACACCCAGUGGCAGGACCCACCGAUUCCAAUCUCGACACGAUGACGUGGAACACCUCCGCGAGAUUGUUGCCGGAAAGCUCGCCACGGAUCCCUUCUUCACUGAGUUCAGGCCAAGUGACGGUUCGACCGAUCACCCUGACCCAAUUGACUUCAUCCUGUCGUACACGGACGCUGACGGCGACACGGUCCUCAUUACAUCCGACCACGACGUCACAGACGCAGUCAAAAUCGCUCGUGCCGCUGGGACCGACCGCGUGGUAUUGUUCGUGCAAGGUGGCAAGGGCUGGGCUGGCGCGGAUAAGGGAGAAGCAAAGGCGGCUGAGGCAGCCGCUGCUGCGCAGAUAGAAACACAAGAAGUCGAGAAACAAGAAUCAGUCUUGCCUGAACCCGUAACUCUUACGCCUCCGGCACACGUCCACGUCCCUCCCCCUCCACCCCAGGAGGUCCUUGGGAUCCCCAAAGACCUUCUGUUGCCCGCCAGCAUUGGCGCACUAGCUGUUGUUAUUAUCGGCGUAUUCGCCGUCUCCAGAAUGACGGGGUCAAGAUAUUGA